AUGGAGGGGGGACAUGGAAAGAAGAAAGGAACAGGAAGAAGGAAGGAGGGAGGUCAGGGGACUGACCAGGAAUCUGAAUCCAAGGCAUCGGCGACCGAGGACAUGGGCUGUGCCUGGCUGCCAGGGCAGCCAACCCUGAGGGACCAAGAGGGGGAGCCGGUGGCCCCACAGCCCUUCUGCUGCCCUGGUACUCGGGUCUGUUCCUGCCUAGACUGCCUGGGGCACCGGCCCGCCCAAGCGGACACCUGCAGGGGAUCAAGGGUGAUAACCUCUGCCGCCCGCAGCGUGGUUCAGGCACCUCCAAGGGUGGAGCCCGGGGCAGCCCCGCCUCGCACACCUGCAGCCGCACAGGUAGCUAGCCCGGCAGGGCCUGCCACAGUCAGUGGUGCUGGACUCUUCUCACUCUCCGGUCACCGCCGGGAGCCCUCAGCGCCGCCACCAUGGGUAAGUCUGCUGGCGGAGGCGGGAUCCCCGGGGAGCGAGGACACAUCCGUCCUGGCAGCGGGGAAGCCCGGGGUGCCACUGGUGCCACGCAGUCCUGCUCCUGCUGCAGCGACAGAGCGCUGUGGCCGUGAGCGGGCUGCCCCCCCUGCCCCCCCUGCCCCCGCUGUCAUGGGGGUGGCUGGCGAAGGCGGGGAGAGCGAGGGAGUGCGAGUGCGCACCGCGGGAAAAGGCAAACCCGGGACUGCCAAGCGCGGGAGGGAGCGGGGCUCCACGUCCCCUUCCUGGUGGUCACUGGAAGCUGGUGACGGCCGCAAGCUGGGUUACACUUCUCUUCCCUCUGGCUGGGGAGGCGACCCUGGAGUUUUGGAGGGACUGCUGGCCCUAGAGGCAUUAGAGCCAUCUCUCCGGGGCCGACUUCAGAUCCUGCCCCUGUCCUCAGGUGGAAUGUCCAAGCCAUGGAGUUGCUUUGGUUACCCCUUGAGCAUCUUCUUCAUCGUGGUCAAUGAGUUCUGUGAAAGAUUCUCCUACUAUGGAAUGAGAGCAAUCCUGAUUCUGUACUUCACAAAUUUCAUUGGCUGGGAUGACAACCUGUCCACGGCCAUCUACCACACAUUUGUCGCCCUGUGCUACCUGACGCCGAUUCUCGGAGCUCUUAUCGCCGACUCAUGGCUGGGGAAGUUCAAGACAAUUAUAUCAUUAUCCAUUGUCUACACAAUUGGACAAGGAAUCAUCGCAGUCAGCUCAAUUAAUGACCUCACAGACUACAACCACGACGGGACCGUCGACACCCUCCCUGUGCAUGUGGCGCUGUCCAUGAUCGGCCUGGCCCUGAUAGCUCUUGGUACAGGAGGAAUCAAGCCCUGUGUGUCUGCAUUUGGCGGUGAUCAAUUUGAAGAGGGCCAGGAAAAGCAAAGAAACAGAUUUUUCUCCAUCUUUUAUUUGGCCAUUAAUGCUGGAAGUCUGCUGUCUACCAUCAUCACUCCCAUACUCAGGGUUCAACAAUGUGGAAUUCACAGUCAGCAAGCAUGUUACCCACUGGCAUUUGGGGUUCCUGCUGCUCUCAUGGCCGUCUCCCUAAUUGUAUUUGUCAUCGGCAGUAGAAUGUACAAGAAGUUCCAGCCACAGGGCAACAUCAUGGGUAAAGUGGUCAAAUGCAUUGGUUUUUCUAUCAAAAACAGGUUUCRGCACCGAAGUAAGGAAUUUCCCAAGAGAGAGCACUGGCUGGACUGGGCUAAGGAGAAAUAUGAUGAGCGGCUUAUCUCUCAAAUUAAGAUGGUUACGAGGGUGAUGUUCCUGUAUAUUCCGCUCCCGAUGUUCUGGGCCCUGUUUGAUCAGCAGGGCUCCCGGUGGACACUGCAAGCAACCACCAUGAACGGGAGAAUCGGAAUUAUUGAAAUUCAGCCGGAUCAGAUGCAGACUGUGAAUGCCAUCUUGAUUGUCAUCAUGGUCCCCAUCGUAGAUGCUGUGGUGUACCCUCUGAUUGCAAAAUGUGGCUUCAAUUUCACCUCCUUGAAGAAGAUGACAGUUGGGAUGUUCCUGGCUUCCAUGGCCUUUGUGGUGGCUGCGAUUGUGCAGGUGGAAAUCGAUAAAACUCUUCCAGUCUUCCCCCAAGGAAACGAAGUCCAAAUUAAAGUCUUGAAUAUAGGAAAUGAUAACAUGAAUAUAUCUUUUCCUGGAGAGAUGGUGACACUUGGCCAAAUGUCUCAAACCAAGGAAUAUAUGCCUUUUGAUGUAAACAAGCURACAAGCAUCAACAUUUCUUCCACCGGGUCACCAGUCUCAACAGUAACUCAGGACUUUGAGAAGGGCCAUCGCUACACCCUUCUAGUGCGGUCACCUAGUCAGUACCAAGUGGUAAAGGAUGGGCUUAACAAGAAGCCAGAAAAAGGAGAAAAUGGAAUCAGAUUUGUAAAUACUUUUAAUGAAAUGAUCAGCAUUACAAUGGAUGGGAGAGUUUUUGAAAAUAUCACCAGUCACAGUGCCAGCGAAUAUCAGUUUUUCCCUUCUGGCAAAAAAACCAUCAUAGUGAACUCAACAGAGAUUUCACAAAACUGUACACAAGAUCUUGAAUCUUCCAACCUUGAAUUUGGUAGCGCUUAUACAUAUGUGAUCCAGAGGGAGGGUAAUGGCUGCCCCAAACUGGAGGAGUUUGAAGACAUUCCACCCAACACAGUUAACAUGGCUCUGCAAAUCCCGCAGUAUUUUCUUCUCACCUGUGGCGAGGUGGUCUUCUCCAUUACAGGAUUGGAAUUCUCAUAUUCACAGGCUCCUUCCAACAUGAAGUCGGUGCUCCAAGCCGGAUGGCUGUUGACGGUGGCUUUCGGCAACAUCAUUGUGCUUAUUGUGGCAGGGGCAGGCCACUUCAGCGAGCAGUGGGCCGAGUACAUUCUGUUUGCUGCGCUGCUUCUGGUCGUCUGUGUGAUAUUUGCCAUCAUGGCUAGAUUCUACACCUACAUCAAUCCAGCAGAGGUCGAGGCUCAGUUUGAUGAGGAUGAAAAGAAAAAGGGUGCAGAAAAGAAUGACCUGUACCCCACACUGGGGCCUGUCUCACAGACACAGAUAUGA